AUGCGGAGGGUGUUCGACGAGCUGCCGCGCGUGCGGGACGUCCUCACGUGGAACGAGGUUCUCGCGGGGUACGUGCGAGCUGGCAUGAUGACCGUUGCGCGGGAGGUGUUCGACGAAAUGCCAGUGAGGGAUGAGAUUUCUUGGAGCACGCUGGUGGGCGGGUAUGUGAAGGAAGAGGAGCUGGAGGUGGCGCUGGGAGUGUUCCGGAACAUGGUGGAGCAGGGCGUGAGGCCGAAUCAGGCUGCAGUGGUGACGGCAUUGUCGGCAGCAGCACGGUUGGGCUUGCUUGAACAUGGGAAGUUUGUGCAUAAUGUGGUACAGAGGUCGGGAAUGCCGGUGUGUAUGAAUGUAGGAGCGGCACUCGUGGACAUGUAUGCAAAGUGCGGGUGUGUGGCGGUUGCGAGGGAGGUUUUCGAUGGCAUGAGGAGGAGGGAUGUUUUCGCGUGGAACGCCAUGAUCUGUGGCCUUGCUGCUCAUGGUUUGGGGAGGGAUGCGGUGGAGCUCUUCGAGCGGUUUAUCAGUGAGGGUCUGUCCCCUACAAAUGUGACUUUUGUUGGUGUGCUCAAUGGCUGUAGCCGUUCUGGUCUUGUUGCUGAGGGGCGACGCUAUUUCAAACUGAUAGUGGAGAAAUAUCGCAUUGAGCCAGAAAUGGAGCAUUAUGGCUGCAUGGUUGAUCUUCUGGGUCGUGCUGGCCUUGUUCCGGAAGCCAUUGAAUUGAUCGAAGGGAUGCAUAUUGCACCUGAUCCAGUUCUCUGGGGCACAAUACUCUCUUCUUGCAAGACGCAUGGCCUGGUGGAUUUGGGGGUUUCUGUUGGUAACAAGCUAAUUGAACUGGAUCCAACUCAUUCUGGCUAUUAUGUCCUCCUCUCAGGUAUAUAUGCAAAGGCAAACAAAUGGGAUGAAGUCAGGGAAGUCAGGAAAUUGAUGUCUAGUCGCGGUACCAACAAGUCAGCCGGCUGGAGCUUGAUGGAAGCGCAUGGGAAGGUGCACAAAUUUCUAGUAGGAGACACUUAUCACAAGGAUUCUGUGCAGAUCUAUGAUACACUUGACAUGAUCAACAAAAGGUUGACAGAGGCAGGGUAUGUACCGGAUGUGUCAUCUGUAUUGCAUGACAUUGGGGAGGAAGAGAAGGUGCACGCGGUCAAGGUGCACAGCGAGCGAUUGGCAAUUGCUUAUGGCUUCAUAGUUCUUGAAGCUGGCAGCCCAAUCCGUAUCGUCAAGAACCUUCGUGUCUGUGGGGAUUGCCAUGAGUUCAGUAAGAUGGUGACAAUGGUUUUUCAGAGGGAGAUUAUUGUGAGAGAUGUUGCCGGCAACGCCGAUGAGCUCACCGGGGUAAAGCAGGUCCAGCGACGGAUCCGGGAGGCCGGCUGUGAGGUUCUUCGUGUAGAUCAUGCUGGUGGUAUGGAGGAGGGGCAUGCUAAGCAUGGCCGAGCAGAUUGGGGCUAA